AUGGUGUCUCCCCUGCCAGCCCGGACCCUCGGCCCAGCCCCGCGCUACGUGUCCCGCCAGCGGGUCCCCGGGAGGCUCCGCGUCCCUUGGGGGUCCCACAGGACGCACCCGGGGCUCCACACCGCGUACCGCGCCGGGCCCCGCGCUGUGCCGCGAGGGGCUGCGGGCGCCGGGGUCGGAGCCGACGCUCACGGCUCGCCGUGCCCCCCCGCAGCAGGGCUUCGCCCCCCCGGGGACGACGGGCUCGAGGAGCGGCGAUCCGUGAGUCCGGGCUGGCUGCUCCCGACCACCCUCUUCUCCUCCACGUGCCGGGAGACGGAGCCCGCGACGAGCUGCUGCGGGAGCUCUGCGGGGCCGGGGGGGGGGGGGGCGGUGCCCCGCGGCUGCCCGGCUCCUGCUCGUCGCCCUCUGCGAGGGUGGGGGGGACGCUGGCUUUCUCCAGGCCUCGGCACCGCUCCCGAUCCCCAGGCCCUUUCGGGGGUGGUCGAGCGCGGCCCUGCUGUCAAGGACGCUACGGAGCUGCCGCUGCCUGGAGGCAGCCGCUCAGCAGAGCUGGUGCAAACCCGGCUCCGCAGGAGCAGCUGGGCGUGCUGCAGCCGCAGGCCGCGCUGGGGCACGGGAGGCCCCUUCGCCCCCGGUCGAAGGCCCCCGCGGUGCUGCGGGCUGCAGAGACGGGAGCCCCCCCGCCGCCUGCGCCCCGGUGCCUCGCGCCCCGCACGGAGCAGGUCCCGGCUUGGAGCAAGGGCUGCGCCGGGCGGCGGGACCUGGGACGCGGAGCUGCUCCCGCUGCGGGGCAGGGCGAGCUGCUGGCUCGGGAAUCGCCUCCUCCUCCUCCUCCUCCUCCUCCUCCUCCUCCUCGUCAGGACCGCGGGAGGCAGCGGCGGGACCGAUGGGACGAGGACGCGUCCGUCAGCAGAAACCGCCGCAGCGAGGACAAGGAGAGACGCGGCCUGCCCGGGGACGGCGGUGGGACCCGACAUCCAGGGUGAAGAGGACCAACGGGACGCUCCUGGAUCCACGCUGGUGAUUUCUCUCUCUCUCUCUCUCUCUCUCGAUGAAAGUCGACAAGAUCCGAUCAAAACGUGCGGCCCGGGACUUGUUUCUCUAGCUGACGUAAUCGCCAUUGAGUUAUCGCUGCAAACCACAGGCCUCGUCUCUUCUGUUAACAACUCAUCCAACUGGCUGGCUGGUGUCGUUUCACCUUGAUUCAGUCCAAGGGCGUCCCGCACUUGGUCGCUGGUCCCCAGGGGAGGGAGGUCGUCCCGAACGACUCCUUUCGGGCCGCGACGCUCGCUCGCGGGGCGAGUGCAUCCCCGGCCCCGAGGCGUCCUCGGUCCGUGGCGAGGGACCGGGGAGGGCAACGGAGAGGCUGCGACGCGACGGGCGCCUGCGCCGUAAGCAGGGUUACGUCGUGGCCGCGAAGCGGUCGCGCGCCGCUAUAGCCGCGGGAGCGUGCCGAGCUCGGGGCUGCAGCAGAGCAGGCGCGCAGGGCAGCGUACGCCGUCCCUCGUCCCUCCCGGGACAGCCGGGCUGGGUCCCAUCCCGCCUCCUCCGCACGCUCCCGCGUCCCCCCCACGACCCCCGCGGUGGGGUGCCGGUCACCGGCCGUCCCCGUCUGUGAGCCGUGGCGGGUGUGGACAGGGGGGUUUGCAGAGCGACGAGACCGCAACGUCACACGAAACAGGGCCACGGAGAAGCAGAACCCCCGUGGGUCGGGUGGCCUUGGUGUCCGAAAAGCGGAUUCGUUGCCCGGUGUGCAAUAAGCCAAUAAUCACACACUCAGGAGA